AUGUACCCCAGUCAAUACAGCCUUAUUAAUGAAGAUACAGUUUCACCCAUGAAGUGUUCAUUACAGCAGAGUCCAAGCCCUCAUCUGAGUGAAGAAAACAGUCUGGAAGAUAAGCUACUCCUGAGUCAUUUGAAACACUUGGAGCAGCUCUUUACAGCCCCAAAUGAGGAAGACAUAGAACCAGAAGAGUGGAAUCCUGGUUACAAGAUGCUCCCAAAAAAGAACACAUCAUAUCCCUCAGGAAGUUUGACUCUCCAGCAGUUCAAGAACGCUUUGACUGAACUUCUGGGUUCAGAGUACUGGAAUGGCCAAACCGAGUUACUUUUCAACAAGAUUCACACGGCCCAUGACAAUAUUGUGGACUGGAGUGAGUUCUGUACACAUUUGCUACUCCAAUACAGAAAGAGAGAUGAUUCAGAAAAAUCCAAGGACAUUUUCUUUCAGGGGAAGCCCUUGAUCCGACAAUGUUCACAGAACCGGCAAGAGCCAACCACUCGGAUCUUGGCCAUCUUUUCUCCUUCUACUUCACACUCAUUUGUGACUGUCAGCAAAGGAGGAAUUCUCAGUUUCUGGGACAAUAACCUGAAGCUCCAGAAGACAUAUGAGAUGUCAGCAGAUGUUGUUGAGGCUCCAACAGGAAAGAAGAAGAUUAAAGUUUGGACAACAGAUGCUGUCUACAUGCCUAAUGUUCAUAAAAUUGCCGUUGCUACAACCAGCAGAAAAAUGUACUUUUUUGAGGUGUCUCUGGGCCCCAUCUUUGAAGAUUUCCAUCUAUUUGCCCUGAACUACAUUCCAACAUCAGUAUUUUACUGGUAUAAUACAGAAUCUGAAGAGAGCUGUUCUGUACUACUAUGGGGUGAUGACCAUGGAGGAGUGAGUGUGCUCAAAUUCCUCCACCCCAACAAAAGCUUAUAUGAAAAAUCCUUAUUUGAGCAAUCUGGGUUCUCUGGCAUCUACUUGCAGGAUAUUGGAAAUCACUGUCAAUUUUUAAGUUAUAAUUAUAUCUGUCGCAUACACCAAGACUCCAUUUCCCAAAUCCAAUACGUUCCGGAAGACCUCUGUAUCACAUCCUCAGGAAACUCUCAAGCCUCGUUGGUAAUCAUGGACAUGGACCAAAAGAGAAAAGCAUACACGUGGAAGAUAAAGAGGGGAAUAAAAUGCUUUGAUUUUUCCAAGUCUCUGAAUCUAUUGGUCAGUGGUGGGGUUGACUGUUGUGUCCGGGUGUGGAAUCGAUUUGUCCCAAGCCUUCCAACAGCUAUGCUCCGGGGACAUUUCUUGCCCAUCCUGGGACUGGCCAUCCAAGAACAAAGUGGACAGAUAUUCAGCUAUUCCAAGGAUACAGUGCUGAAGAUCUGGGACAUGAGUUACCACACUUGUCUCUAUACUGUGGCAUUGAAGUUCCCCCACUCCCAGCCUGAGCAUGUGUUGGAACAAGGAAGCUUCCCCUUUCUAUUUCUCCAGAAGCCUUUGUCCCUGAUCCUCAUCUCCCAUACCGACUACAUUGGUAUGCUGAGAUUACCCAUACCUACACAUUCAGAGAUAAACCUUACAGCACCCCACAAGGCUCCACUGUGUGGCACUGUGUACAAUGCCUUCUUUCAUCAGGUAGUGACAGGAUGUCACAACUCCACCAUUGCAGUGUGGGAUAUUGAGACUGGCAUGAAGCAAUUCAUUUUAAAGAACAUUCAUGGUGAAGAGGAAUUAACCUGCAUGGCCCUAGAUACUUCAGGUAGAAGGCUUAUCACAGCUGCCAGAAAUGGCACUGUCAAAGUCUAGGAUAUUCAGAGAGGUCACAUCUUGCACAAACUGGAGAUGGUAGAAGAUGCAGAAGUGACAGGGGUAGUCCCAGUUCGAAAACAUGUAUUCCUAACGGUGGGAUGGAAUCGGAAAAUCAUCGUUUAUGACUGCUCAAAACCUGAGGCUCUAUAUGUGCACGCAGAUAAGUCUUGGAAAGGAGGACAACUACAUAAGGAAGAUAUCUUAGCUGUGGAUUACUGUCCUUCUCUUGACCUUCUUGCUACUGCCAGCUUCGAUGGAGAAAUUAUUGUAUGGAAUGUGGAAACCCAGCGGCCCCAUCACUACAUCAGAAAGAUGUCCCGUGAAAGCUCACUGGGUCCUGUGAAUAAACUACUAUUCCUACAGCAUCGGUGCACAGAUCACUCUUUAAAGAAAUCUGCAGUUCUCAUAAGUGCUGAGACAGGGACCCUCCACUGGUGGAGUAUCUUUGGGAAAAAGAUAGAAUAUGGCAAAUUUUAUGCUCCCUUAAAAGAGGAUAUUUCUGUAACUGGGCUGUCACCCAACAAGGAUAACCACCUCCUGGUCACUGGAGACACUAGUGGCUUUAUCCAGGUGUGGGAUAUUUCAAAUUAUGCAACAACUCUUCCUUCCAUGAACUCACCCAACAACCCCCUCCUGCUUCAUGGCUGGAAGGCCCACAGCUGCACCAUCAUGAGUGUGGAGUACUUCUCCUACGGUUCUGAUUCCUUCAUCAUCAGUGGCUCUUCAGAUGGGACUUCUGGGUUGUGGACUUCAGAAGGAACAUUUGUGGGGCUAUUUGGCCAAGACAAAAAAUGGAACCUGAAAGUGCCAGCUACCUUUUCUUCCCACAAAAAUGUUUUCCAGACAACAAUGCCAGUCUUGGACUCCAAAUUGGAAGAUUCAACUACCAGAAAAGACAGGCAUGGAAAAUAUUUCUGGAAGAACCAUCACAAUGGCUACCCAAGGAGAACCCCAACUUCAGUUCUGACUUGGUGA